CUUGGCCGAGUUGGUUUGUUGUGGUGCCACGGUGUGCUUUCACAGCCCGGCGAGGCAGACCGGGCUCUUCGCGAGAGGCGUAGCCGGCGGAGGUGCAGUUGGCCCGGAAAGGGCGCUGCCCACAAAAAAAUAAAGGCCCGCAAAAAAAGUGUCCCAUCGCGCAGGCAGCAAUUGGAAGAUGGUCCCUCGGUAGCCGUGGUUGGAUGAUGGAGCGAAGCCCCGAGAUCUGAGUUGUGCACCUGCAGGUCAGGGUCCUCAAGACAUUACUGCUGUUUCAAGGCAAGAGUCUGCUCCAACACUGAUUGCGGGAACUUUACUGAAGCCCACUGAGCUGGAUACAUUAAGGAAACCUUUUGCUAAUCAAAACCCAGGCAUCCCUCCUUCAUCCCCUGUUAUUCUCAAUAGCAUGUGUUCCGGACUGACCUGCUGAUCCUUGUCAGUGACACAGGCUGACUACUAUACAAUGGCAAGAGUUGACCCUGGUGUCUGGAACCAAGCCUGAAUCGUGGGAUGACCCUUACUGGUAUAUAUCGUGAGUCUGCUGUCCAAGAAAGAUUUCUCUGGAGUCCCACAUUUUGAUCCCGUGCUUUCCCAAACUAACAUUUGCAAUUCUAUGGACUAGAAUUACCUAAGGGGACGUGGUGGCGCAGACGCUGAGCUUGUCAAUCAGAAAGGAUGAAAUGCCAUUAAAGCGAUCACAGAGGUUUCUGGGGAUGCUAAUUCCAAACCCUGAAGUACUGCUAGUAAAGAGGAUCUCUCCUAAUCUCCACCUUCAAUUCUUCAGAUAUUGAUGGGGCAUUUUACACAGCAGAACUCCCUAAGAGACCCCUGAUUUACAGAUGGACAACAUGAUCAUGACCACGUCUUCAUCAGAAGAUACGAAUUCCGUCUCUCUGAAUGUUCUCACCUAUCUGGAUACUCUGACCAACACUACAGAGGAGCAAUGCUUCAACGCCCGUUCCCACAGCACUGUCUUGCAAGGGCUGCCGUUUGGUGGUGUGCCCACAGUACUUGCUCUCAACUUCCUCCUUUGGAUGGUACUUCUCUUCAUCUUUUCCUGCCUUCGGAAAGCAGCUUGGGAUUAUGGGCGCCUCGCCUUGCUGAUGGAUAACGACAGCCGUUUGCCUCCAAGAACAUGGGACUCCUAUGACCUGACAUCCCUCUUCUAUGGAGAACAAAGUGAAAAAGAGAAGUCCCCUUCUGAGAGCAGCCCUUUGGAUGCUGACAACAAAGAUGUGGGAUUCUGCUCCUGGCUUCUUUCAAUUUAUCAGAUGAAAGAUGAAGAAAUUCAAAGCAAGUGUGGAAUUGAUGCCACAACCUACCUCUCUUUCCAGCGGCAUCUGCUGGUGUUGCUCUUGAUUGUCUGUGUGCUCUCUGUGGCUGUCAUCCUUCCCGUCAACUUCUCUGGUGAUCUCCUUGGAAAAAACCCAGCUAAUUUUGGCCGAACCACAAUUGCAAAUGUUCCCAAAGAUGACCGUCUCUUGUGGCUGCAUAGUAUCUUUGCUCUCCUCUAUUUCAUCGUCACUGUUCUCUGCAUGACUCAUCAUUCCAUCCAAUUAGAGUAUAAAGAAAAUGAAAAGCUGGCUCGCACAUUGAUGGUCACCAAGAUUCCCAAAGAGAUCACAGAUACAUCUCUUGUUAUCAAACAUUUCCAUGAGGCUUAUCCAAGCUGCACAGUGACCGGGGUCCAAUUUUGCUCUGAUGUUCGCAGAUUGAUGAAGCUGGAUUCAGAAAGGCGCAAGGCAAUGAAAGGGAGGCUUUACUUCACAACCAAGGCUCAAAAGGGGGGGAAGAUUAUGAUCAAAAUCCAUCCAUGUUCUCGAAUUUUCUGCUGCCGUAUUUGUGGCUUUGAAGAGGUGGAUGCUGAGCAGUACUAUGGGGAGCUAGAGGAGAAACUGACAGAUGAGUUUAAUGCUGAACGCAGCCGGAUUGCUCUCAAGCGCCUUGACAUGGCCUUCGUCACAUUCCAGGAUGAAAGAAUGACAGCCACUAUUUUGAAGGAUUACAGCCGCAUCCGUUGCCGCAAACACCCACAACAGUCAUCUGUUACUACAGUGGUGAAAUCCCAUUGCUGGGGAGUCAGCUAUGCCCCUGCGCCCAAUGACAUCAUCUGGGAGAAUUUAUCUAUUGGUGGUCCUUUGUGGUGGGUGAAAUUUAUCCUGCUCAACAUUUGCCUUUUCCUCCUCCUCUUCUUCCUCACUACUCCAGCCAUCAUCGUGAACACCAUGGACAUGUUCAACGUUACACGGCCUGUGGAGAGCCUUAAGAACCCUAUUGUGACUCAAUUCUUCCCCACUCUGCUGCUGUGGGCUUUUUCUGUGUUUCUGCCUUUCAUUGUGUACUACUCAUCUUUCUUCGAAUCACAUUGGACAAGGUCAGGUGAAAAUCAGAUCACAAUGCACAAGUGUUAUUUCUUUCUGGUAUUUAUGGUUAUCAUCUUACCUUCACUUGGACUGACCAGUUUGGAUCUCUUCUUUCGGUGGCUGUUUGACACUCACUUUGUGGAUCAAGCACAGAUAAAAUUUCAGUGUGUUUUUCUCCCUGAUAAUGGAGCUUUCUUUGUCAACUAUGUUGUCACUUCCAGCCUGAUUGGGACAGCCAUGGAACUGUUGCGAAUCCCUGGGCUCAUUGUCUAUGCCACGCGGCUCUGCUUUGCCAAAUCUGAACCUGAGCGCCUCCACAUCAAGCGGAAUCAAGCCUAUGAGUUCCAGUUUGGACUGGAGUAUGCCUGGACUUGCUGCAUAUUUGCUGUAGUGAUGACAUAUAGUAUCACCUGCCCCAUUAUUGUCCCCUUUGGUUUGCUGUACAUGCUACUGAAGCACAUGGUUGACCGCUACAAUAUUUACUACGUCUACAUCCCUACCAGGCUGAACCACCGCAUCCAUUUGGCAGCAGUAAACCAGGUGGUGACAGCGCCGAUUCUCUGCAUGUUUUGGCUGCUCUUCUUCUCCAUUCUGCGUCUAGGUUCUGUUCGUCCUAUCACUAUUUUCACCUGUGUGGUUCUUCUCUGCUGCAUUCCCUUUUCCUUCUUUGGUCUGUGCCUGAAGAAGUUUCAUCCAAGGAAACCUUCCAGUUAUCAGAUGUCAGAACAGUCUGAGGGAGCUUUCAAUGAUACAGAAACAAGUAGCAUCUCUUCCACACCCAAUUCAAAUAUGUUUGUGGCCACUGUGCUUCAAGAGCCAGAAUUAAGUCUUACACCAGCAGCCUCCCCAGCUCAUCAGUCUUAUGGCACGAUGGGCAGCCACCUGGACCAAGCAGAGACUAUAGAGGAGGGUGGCCUGCCAAGUUUUGAAGAAGAACUGGAAAACACAGAAGGCAAAUAUAGAACCGGGCCCUUGCUGGACACCCAAACUCACUAUAAUUGAUUUUGUCCUGCCAAACCAAAGACGGACAGACAGAAGUGUUGAAUCUUCAGAAUGCUUGAAAGAAGCAUCAUAACCCAAAAUCUAAAUGUCCCUGAGCUGCUAUACCAGAUAGUUUGGGGAAAAGAUCUGAAGUUGUAAUUUGAACCAGAACCAGUCAGGCAGAUGGAUGAUGGGCCCUUUUUAAGUCCUGACAUCUCUGGUCAUGCUGUUAGAAUGAUGGAUAUAAAACAUUGAGAUGCUGAGCACAGAUACAGACUAUUGAGAUGUUCUGAAGAGGUAGUGUUAUUUCUACCCUAUACACCAGCUGCUUGGCAGCAUGUUCUAUAUGUCACCUCUGUUCUGCUCCAGGUUGACAGACUGCCAUUGCUUGGCUCUUUCUGUGUCUUCUGGGUAAAUCAUCUGAAUACUCAGUUGUUCCAUAUUCUCUUCUCCCCACUAUUUUGCUUUUUAAAAAGAAAUAUUUUGGCCAUAUGAAAAUAUUUCUCUAGCUUGAGCAAUGUUCUCAACAGCAGCAAAAGGGAAGAAAGGACUAUUUUGAUUUGCAAUGUCCAUAAUGGCUGCAGUCCUUUCGAUAAACCAGUAGUGAAAGAGGUCAGGACAUAUGGAAUGUUGAGCAUCCUUGGAUAUACAUUCAUGAUCACUGCAACUCACAGUAUAUUGCCAGCUGCAGAACCAAAGGCCUAUAUUUCCUGAUAAUGCUUCUGCUGCAGUUACUGCUUUUGUCCAAAUCCAUUGCCUCUAAGAAAGACUUCCCAUGCUAAUUUGGUCGAAGUGAUGAGCCUAACAUAUCUCUUUUUCUAGGCCUGCAUUUGGCUAGUUGCUGGCUUGGCAAGCAGAUGAAUGCCAAGUUCCAAUUUUUCCAUUAUUUUUGAUCAAAUGAGGUGGAAACUCCCUCAUUCCUCGUUCGACAACAGAUUUCAAUAUGGGAGAUGGGGAAAAGAGGUUUCUAGUGCUAAGAGCUAUGUGUAUAAAAAUCUUGCCCAGUUUCCUAUAAACCAGGGAUAGGAAAAGAUUGAUUAUCAGACAAUUUAAGGAAAAGUGAAAGGUUUAGCUUAUGUCAACCACAUAUUUUUUCUUUAAUAGGGAAUUUAUUUGUACAAUUGAAGAAGAACCAGAUUUAAACACACAACUGUUUCCUAAUCACAUCUAGGGUGACAUUAAGUUGAUAGUAGACACUGGAGUGAAAUGGCAGGCAGAGGUGAAAUCUCUGUCCUUAAUUAACACGUUGUCCUUUUUUGCACCAGCAUGUUUGAGGUUGCCAGUCCCCAGCUGGCAUGUCGUCACAUGCCUAGAUUUGGAAAGUUUCAAGACAACCAAAUAACACAUAUGCUUUUCAGAAUUGCUUUCUGUUUAGACAUGCGCAUGGGAAUGAUUCAGUUUUGUUUCAAAGCCACCACUAUAAUACAAGUUGUCUUCUAGUUAAACUGCAUUCAAACAUUAACCAGCUAGAUCGUGGUCAGGAAUUUGUGUAUCUUUCUUCCAGCAGACAUGUAGCCAGAAAGUAUCAUCGAAGGUGAGGGACACUGGAAGCUGGAGACACACAACUUCUUCAAACUGCAUUGGGCAACUGUUUCUCACAGCACCUUCUGCUAGUCUAAUGCAUUGUGCACUUUUCUCUUGAAAACUGUGUUGUAAGACCUACAGUGGAGCAGUCUGCAAAUGUCUGAGAGAUGAGUAACGCUAUUAAAGAGCAAGUAAGAGGGGGAGUUCAUAGAUGAUUUGCCGAAAAUCACCACCCUCUUUUUUUCCACAGGAUUCUUAUGCUUUUGAGUAAUUAUCAAUCCUGUAAGUAAUAAGUGAAAUGUUCCUAACUUAAUGGAUGUUAUAAAUGGAGAAAACACACUGCAUAGUACUAAACUGCUCUACUGAACAGGUUUUCCCUGAUAAAUGUUUUCCUGUUCUACAAUAGUAAAUGAAACAAAAAGACAGAAAACAGAAAUUUGACUAAAUGUGGAUUUCUCUUCCAAGUUUAAUAGAAAGCAGUCAAGUCAAUUUUCAAGUCCAGUUUAAUAAGCAGACAAGUCCAUUUCUCUCCAAUGGAAGAGCCCCCCGGACUUUUAUGUUCUUCAGCCAUUUCUGAGAUAGCAGAAUUCAAACUCUGAAGAAAUAUUGUCACUGAGAAAAAGAGACUGGUGAGCUCAGUAGAAGUUCAGAAAGAAAACAAACUCAGAACAAGGACAUAGAAUCUGCCAUAUAAUGCUCCUUCUGCCUCCACAUGUGUAAAACAUUAGCAGAAAAAUGUAAUGUGGUAACGCUGGACUAAAAGGUGGCUGGUUUGUGUAUAGAACAGCAAUUCACCACAAACCGAAAUGUUCCUUUUUCCUGAGCUUCACCAAGGAUAUUCUUUGUCUCAGUAAAUAUCUGUGCAAUGGAGCAGAAUUUCCAGUAUCAUUUAACAUUAUUGUGUUUGGAAGAAUUUCAUAAUUCAUGGCUUUCUUUACUUUUAAGGAAACAGGAACUAUACAGUGACAAAUAGAAGACAUAGUUUUUGGAUCGUGGAUUUACACUAUGUCUAGCUGCUCUACUUAGGCUGGAUCAAUUCAAGAAUUCAAAAGAAAGCUUGAUUUGCACAAACCAAGGCUGGUUUAGGGCAGAGAGAGAAAAAAAAGCAUCCUAAACAUACACCUUAGAAAUUAAAUUUUCACCUAAAAAUACUCUUAAACAAGAAUACUUUUGAAAGCACUGAGAAUUGCUGUUGAGAACCUUCAAUGAUUGAUUCCAUUAUGGUACAAUCCUACACUUCAGAAUUGCCCGUAACCUUUGACACUCCACAGGUUAUUGGUCUAUAAUGGUUAUUAUUUUUCCAAAUUGGUCAUGCUGUCUAGACUCAUUGGGAAGUGGAAUUCAGCCCCAUCCAAAGGCACACAUUAGUUGUCUCUACUUUACACAUGCAACUUGAUACAAACCUCAUUAAAAAAAACACCAUUGGGUGUUAUGUUAAAUUGGCAAAGGCUAUAUUGUAUGGCAAGUGUAUUUUCACUUACAAAUAGUUAUGCUACAUUUAGGGGCAGGGGGAAUUGUACCUGAGGAUAACAGGAUUUAUAGAAGGAAGAUUUAAUUCUGCCCUUUCUGCCCUUUUACCCAUUUAAAUAUGGUAGGCAUAAUACCAUAAUUUCUGUUGGCCUGAAAGGAAGAUUACUUCUUAUAAACUAAGCACUCUUAUUUGCAAGGAAUUGGCAGGCUUACUGUAGGACAUGUUACUUGAAUUUUACCUAUAUGACCUUGGGCACCUAGCUUGGGCGCAAGUACAUUAAAAUCAGCCUUUCUUGACUUGGCAUUGUGACACACUAGCUGGGAAUUCAGCCCAUUCAUAUUUGGAAUAUAACUCAGUGGGGAACAGCUACAAUAAAGAAAAUACAGAUGUAUGUAUUUUGUAGAGUAUCCAUCAACCCCCAAGUCUGAAUCUCAAUCCUUAUGUAUGCAGUGUUCAUAUCUCUUAUUUGCUUGCUGGAUUUUACCAAUGUUCUGCAUUUGUAGGGCUCACUGUACUAGUCAUAAAGACCGGGACUAAAAACUGACCCCAUUUUCACUCUC